ACAAAAAUGGUGAUUUCUGUCCAAGACAUCUCUCUCUCUCUCUCUCUCUCCAGAUUUUGCUUUCUCUCUCUGCUGAAUCUUUGAAAAAAAGGGAGUUCAUGGCGGAGGGAGAGACCACCAUUUCCCAGCGGAAGAAGCUAUACGAAAGCGAACAUUUUGAAAAAUCAAUUUGAGGUCUUAGUGAGGCCAAAAACAAUCGCAAUUAUUAGGGUUUUAAGAAUCUUUCGGAAGAACGAAAAAGUUUUGUAGUGGGAGGAGAUGCAGAAAGAGACUCGGCAAUGAGAGUCGCUUUUUGUAUGUGAAUCUUCCGGAAGAGACCGAUUCGUCGGAACUACACGAAGAUCUCGCUUGUUUCUACUCGCAGGGUUAUAUAAUAUCGAGCUGAAGAUGAAACCCGCUACUCCCCUUGACUAUGCUAUCUUCCAGCUUUCCCCGAAGCGAACAAGAUGUGAAUUGUUUGUGUCUUGUGCGGGGAAUACUGAGAAGCUGGCUUCUGGAUUAGUGAAGCCAUUUGUUGCUCAUUUAAAAGUAGCAGAAGAGCAGUUUGGCGAGGCAGUUCAGUCAAUCAGACUAGAAGUUGAAAGCAACAAACUUGCUGAAAAUUGGUUCACAAAAGGGACACUUGAGAGAUUUGUGCGGUUUGUUAGUACCCCAGAGGUUUUGGAAUUAGUAAAUGCGUUGGAUGUGGAGAUGUCACAGUUGGAAGCAGCCCAAAAAAUAUAUGCUGAGGGGACUGGUGAUCAGCUGUCUGCAUCAAGAGCUUUUCUUGGUUCAGAUGACACAGAAGCUAUGGCGGCAGCUGAUGUGACGAAGAAGGAGCUACUGAGAGCUAUUGAUUUGCGACUGGCAGCAGUUAGGCAGGACCUAGCGACUGCACGUAAUCGUGCAUCUGCAGCUGGUUUCUAUCGUAACACAGUCUCUGAAUUAAACCAAUUUGCUGAUCGAUUUGGGGCCAUUCGCUUGAAUGAAGCAUGUACGAAAUUUAUCUCUCUUUGCCAAAGAAGGCCAGAGCUUAACAUCUCUAGGAGAGCCACUUUGGAAGACGAAGCCAUACGAGCUUCAUGGGGAUCUGAUAUGUCUAUCGAUGAUCCCAGUGAAGAACACUCUGGACUCCAAGAGGGUAUUAGACUCCAAAAAGAUAGGUUCCAUCAAAGUGGACUGAAAGAUUCUCAACAAGAAUCAAAGCUUCCUACAUUUCAGCAGUUCCGGUCUGAUCCCAACUUUCUAAUGCAACAAAGUAGAAAAACAGAAAAGAAUGAAGAAGAGGAAAAAGGUCCAGUGGUGAAGGAGCCGUUGGCAAGUCAGCCCAAACAACUCACAAGAAGGCUUAGCGUGCAGGAUAGAAUCAACCUCUUUGAGAACAAGCAGAAGGAGAGCUCAAACUCUGGAGGGAAGCCAGCUGUAGGCAAAUCCAUUGAGGUGAAAAGAAUCUCUUCUGAUUCAUCAUCUUUGACAGGUGCAGACAAGGCCGCGUUAAGGAGAUGGAGUGGCGCUAGUGACAUGAGCAUUGAUUUGGGCAAUGACAAGAAGGAUGGUUCUGGUGAUAGUCCAUUGUGCACGCCCUCAUCAUCAUCUGUGUCGAAAGAUGGAAGCAAUAUAUAUCCAAAACAACUUAUCACCAGUGACCAGAAAGACCAAAAUGAUUCGGGUAUUCCUGCAAAUUCUUAUAGAAUUGAAGAAAAACAUGGUUCUGACAGUGUUGGUGACCAGGGCUUUAUGAACCAAGUAGAGAUUCAAAAUUCAAGUUCUAGUAUCUUGGGAAAAACCAAGGAAGUGGGCUUGAAGGUGCAAUCGAAUACGAAGAACCAAGUGGGACACCAUGGAAUUCAACAGAAUGGUUCUCUGGUCCGUGGGGAAAAAAGUUCCAUUUGCAUGUACCGAUCGGACUCUGAGGUAAACUCCAUAGGGACUUUGGAUAAAUCAGGGAAUGACAAAGUAACUGAUGAAUCCAAUGAGCGCAUGGGUGAUCUAAAAUCGAACAGCCAGAACUUUAUACAGCAUGUAGGUAGUGCUGAUCAACCUUACAGUAUGAGUAUCCGGUACAAUGGAGGAACUGUGGAAUUUCAGAAGAAAGAGCUAAUAUCUUCAGAUGGACAACCAUCCUUAGCUGAAGAUCUCGAGAGAAUGAGGGCCCAGAUUCCAGUUUCUGCAGGUUCUGAACAGAUGAAAAGGCCAUAUGAUCAAAAGAUUGGACUUUGUUCUGUUGAUGUGAAUGCAAAGCCGACUAUCACUUGCUACAGUAUUUCAGAGAACUCAGAGAAAGAUGCUCUAACACAUCAAUUGGCAGCAGAACAAGCUCAAAGGGCGAGACUGAGAAAGGGAAAUCAAGAUCUGAAUGAUGAGUUGAAAGUGAAAGCAAACGAGCUUGAAAAGCUAUUUGCUGAACAUAUGCUCCGCAUUCCUGGGGAACAAUCCAGUCCUGCUCAACGAGGAAAGCCUGCCGGAAAGUCAAGUGAACAAGUGGCAACUUCACAGCUUAGAAGACCUGCAGUUCCGGAAUCAUCUCCUGCACAACUACCCGAUGGGAAGAUAAUGAUGAAACCCACUUUAAGAUCAGCCGAUGCAGACAACUUCAGAACUCCACCAACAUCAAAGAUGGUUGGCAACAAUGACUAUUAUGGGGAUACACUGAGGCAGAAAUUUUCAGAUUUCAGCUCUUCAGGUGAUUCUAGAGGAAAGUUAUACGAGAAGUAUAUGGAGAAAAGAGAUGCAAAGUUGAGGGAAGAAUGGAGUUCUAGAAGGUCUGAGAAGGAAGCCAAAUUGAAGGCAAUGCAAGAUGUACUUGAUCACAGUAAUGCUGAGUUGAAGGCCAAAUUUUCUUUAUCUUCUGCAAAAGGUGAUUCAAAUGCUCGACGUGCAGAGAAACUUGCGUACUUCAGUUCAAGGCUGAGUGCUAAAAAGGAACAGCAUCCAAUUAGCUCAUUUCAGGGUGAAGAAGAUGAGGAUGCUUCCAGGAACACCCAGAAUAAGAAACUUCAACAAAACAGAAACAAUUUCUUGACUACUCGAACAGCUGCUACACCAGUUCCACGCUCCGCAGUUAAAGUUUCUACGGCCAGUGCUGUUAGGCGGAGAGGGCAAUCAGACAGACCACUUGCACAAUCAGUUCCCAACUUCUCUGAUGUCAAGAAGGAAGGCAUGAAACCAUCCUCUGGAGCUGGAAAAACUGGUUCCCGUUCACAGGCGAGAAACUCAACCUGCCCCAAGAGUACGAAGGAAGAAGAAAAGCCACGGAGGCCAACAAUCCUCAGGAAAACUGCUUCUGAAGCUGCUGAGUUGGAAGAGUUGUCUCCUAAGAAAUCUGAUGAUGGUGUCCCUCUGAAUCUUGACCAGGAGCAAAGAGAGGGACAAUGUAACAAUCUUGGGCUGGGUAUCGGUUAUGAUAUUGCCCUGCUAAACGCUUCUGAGGGAUCUGAGAGAUUCAGAAAUGAAAAGAAGUAUUAUGAGCAUGCCUUCGAGUCUGAGGGCUCAGAGGAGACGGGGAAAGAGGUGGUGGAAGAAGAAGAUCUUGAGGCCGUGGAAGUCGAAGCCUGUACUGAUGAUACAGAAAAUGGGAAACCACUAAAUAGCCAAGGGUUUGAUGAUUGGGGUAAUACCGGUGAGGAAGUGAGAUCUGUUUCUCGGGAUGACCGUGGCUCAAAUGCUGAAUUACCUGCUACUAUGACUUCAAGGCAUCAAACCAUUGCUACGUUGCUGGAUUCACCGGGUGAAAGCCCUGUUUCUUGGAAUUCAAGGGUGAAGCAUCAAUUUUCGUAUCCAAACGAUUUUGAUGCUUCUGUGGAUUCUCCAGUGGGUAGUCCUGCGUUCUGGAAUUUUCCUUCUCUUAAUCACAUGGAGGAUGAUGCAACUCAAAUAAGAAAGAAAUGGGGAGCUGCUCAGAAACAUAUUAACGCCGGUUAUCCAUCUCAAAACCAACCCCGAAAGGACAUGACAAAAGGGUUGAAAAGGCUAUUAAAUUUCGGAAGAAAAACACGUGGAAACGAUAGUUUGGUUGACUGGAUAUCAGCUACAACGUCUGAAGGGGAUGAUGAUACAGAAGAUGGAAGAGAUCAUCAUGCAAAUCGGCCAUCAGAAGAGUUGCGAAAGUCAAGAAUGGGAUUCUUACAGAGUCAUCCCUCUGAUGAGAGCUUCAAUGAGAGUGAGCUGCUGUUCAGUGAACCGGCUCAAACAACAGGGGUUGGUUCCAUGCCAGCUCCUACUCCUAUGAACUUUAAGCUGAAGGAGGAUCAGAUGUCUGGAAAUGCUGUCAAAGCACCAAGAUCAUUCUUUUCACUCUCCAAUUUUCGUAGCAAAGGAAGUGAUUCGAAGCCAAGAUGAAGAACUCGAGGUUCAAGUUCGCGCAGUUCAGUAAAACCUCAAUAGACGAUGUAAAGGUAAAGAAAGGUACUUUCAAAUCCACGAUUUCCUGUAAUAAAGACUCUGAUUCAUCUUCUGAUUGUUGUAAAAUGAGCUUCGUUGACAUAAAUAAUCACCUUAUAAUCUUUAUUAUAAUCAA